UUUCCCAAUCUCAAGGCCAUAACCCAACUUAUCAGCAGCAGGCACAUGGCUUAAUUUAAUAAGCUCCAUACUCGCCAAACUAAGCAACCAGAGCUUUUAUAUCGUUCAUGGACCGACAUUUCAGUAGAUACAUCCCCUCUAACAAAUACAGAAAGAAACAUAAAUGCACACAAAUAUUUGCAGAACUUUAGAUCAAGUUCCAAGAUAUUUUAUUAGUCUUCAGGUGGUUCCUAUUCUACUAUAAAAGGGUGGGCAAUUCUCAAAUGAUCAUCAUCAACAAUUGAAAUACAUCCAUCUCAAAAAUCCCUCACUAAAUCACUUAGAAAAUCAUUAGUAUUUUAGACAGACCAGUUAAAAAAUGUCGAAUCCAUAUCAAUCUGAGAUCACUGAGACCGAUGCUAAGGAACGCGGUCUCUUCGAUUGCUUUGGAAAGAAGGACGAGGCACCCAACAAAAAUGUUGUUGUGGAAGAUAAAGAAAAGCUCCAACGUUCAAACAGUAGCAGCUCUAGCUCAUCAGAAGAAGAGGUGGAGGAAGAUGGGGUGAAGAUAAAGAGGAAGAAGAAGGGACUAACAGACAAGAUCAAGGAAAAGCUUCCGGGUCACAAAGACGAUGAAGCUGCUGCUGUUCAUGAAAAUGAUCAUAACAAUAAUCAUCAUCAACAAGAUGAAAACCCAGAAGAGAAGAAGGGUUUUCUAGAGAAGAUCAAAGAGAAGUUGCCGGGGCAUCACAAGGACGACGCUGUUCCUCCUCAGCCUCCAGCCGCACCUCAUUUUGGAGCGGAUGGACACUGUGGAGGAGCACAGGAGCCUCAGGAUAAGAAAGGGUUUUUAGAAAAGAUCAAAGAGAAGCUUCCUGGUGGACAUAAGGAUGCUGAUGAAACCAAGAAAGAUCAUUAAUUUGAUUGACUUUGAUCCAUGGUAGUUUGCUUGUAGUUUAUGUCUUAGAGUCUGUUAAGGCCAUCUUUGUUUUCUGCAGUUUCUGUUUUCCCUCAGCUUUUGUGUUUGUUUGUUUCAUAUUGUAAGAUGAUUAUGUUUGGUUCCAGCUUCUGCAUUUGUGACUAGUGCAUGAAAUAUUUCUGAGAUUUGAAUUACAUUGUUUCAGUUAGAGUC